CGGAUGCCUCGAGGACCGGUGGCUAUGGAGGCGGCGGCGGUUGAUGGUUGACCGUUGGCUCCAAGGUUGGGGUCGCCGCUCAGGCGAUCCUCUCAGACCCGACCAGAGUGCGCGGGCUGCUGACGCUCGGCCUGGAACCCUAGGGCGAGACGUAGCUGGACUCCGCCAUGCCGGCCGGGAGUAACGAGCGGGACGGCGUCCUCAGUUAUCAGAGACCAGAUGAAGAAGCUGUGGUGGAUCAGGGUGGGACCAGUACAAUUCUCAACAUUCAUUAUGAGAAAGAAGAGUUGGAAGGUCAUAGAACUCUGUACGUGGGGGUUCGGAUGGCCCUGGGUCGGCAGAGCCAUCGGCAUCACCGAACCCAUGGCCAGAAGCACCGGAGACGAGGGCGAGCCAAAGGAGCCAGUCAGGGGGAGGAAGGCCAGGAGGCCUUGGCCCACGACACACCAUCUCAGCGUGUUCAGUUCAUUCUUGGCACUGAGGAAGAUGAAGAGCAUGUGCCUCAUGAGCUGUUCACAGAGCUGGAUGAGAUCUGUAUGAAAGAAGGAGAAGAUGCUGCGUGGAAGGAGACAGCCAGAUGGCUGAAGUUUGAAGAAGAUGUUGAGGAUGGGGGAGAACGCUGGAGCAAGCCUUACGUGGCAACCCUUUCAUUGCACAGUCUCUUUGAGCUAAGAAGCUGCCUUAUUAAUGGAACGGUCCUUCUGGAUAUGCGUGCUAACAGCAUAGAAGAAAUUUCAGACCUGAUCCUGGACCAGCAAGAACUGUCCAGUGACCUGAAUGACAGCGUGAGGAUUAAAGUGCGGGAAGCCCUUCUCAAAAAGCAUCAUCAUCAGAAUGAAAAGAAGAGAAACAACCUCAUUCCCAUUGUUCGCUCUUUUGCUGAGGCUGGCAAGAAGCAGUCUGAUCCACAUUCAAUGGACAAAAAUGGUCAAACUGUGUCUCCUCAGUCUGUUCCAACUACAAAUCUUGAAGUAAAAAAUGGAAUGAAUUGUGAACACAGCCCUGUGGAUUUAAGCAAGGUGGACCUUCAUUUCAUGAAAAAAAUUCCCACUGGGGCAGAGGCCUCAAAUGUCCUGGUUGGAGAGGUGGAUACUCUGGACCGCCCCAUUGUUGCUUUUGUGAGGCUGUCUCCAGCUGUUCUUCUCUCAGGCCUGACAGAAGUGCCGAUCCCAACAAGGUUUUUGUUUAUUUUAUUGGGUCCAGUAGGGAAAGGCCAGCAGUACCAUGAAAUUGGCAGAUCUAUGGCCACCAUCAUGACAGAUGAGAUUUUUCAUGAUGUGGCAUAUAAGGCAAAAGAGAGAGAUGACCUCCUGGCAGGGAUUGAUGAGUUCCUGGACCAGGUGACGGUGCUCCCUCCAGGGGAAUGGGACCCCACCAUUAGAAUUGAGCCACCCAAAAAUGUCCCUUCCCAGGAGAAAAGGAAAAUGCCUGGAGUUCCAAAUGGAAACAUAUGCCACAUAGAACCAGAACCACAUGGGGGCCACAGUGGGCCAGAACUUCAGCGCACUGGGCGGCUGUUUGGGGGCUUGGUACUGGACAUCAAGCGGAAGGCCCCCUGGUACUGGAGCGACUACCGGGAUGCACUCAGCUUGCAGUGUUUGGCCUCCUUUCUGUUCCUGUACUGUGCCUGCAUGUCACCUGUCAUCACUUUUGGGGGAUUGCUUGGAGAAGCCACUGAGGGACGCAUAAGUGCAAUUGAAUCCUUGUUUGGAGCCUCCAUGACUGGGAUUGCCUAUUCCUUGUUUGCAGGGCAGGCUCUUACCAUCUUGGGAAGUACUGGGCCAGUGCUUGUGUUUGAAAAGAUUUUGUUCAAAUUCUGCAAAGAGUACGCUCUUUCAUACCUCUCCCUGCGAGCUUGUAUUGGACUGUGGACCGCCUUCCUGUGUAUUGUCCUUGUGGCAACUGAUGCCAGUUCCCUUGUCUGCUACAUUACCCGCUUCACUGAAGAAGCAUUUGCCUCCUUGAUUUGCAUUAUUUUCAUCUAUGAAGCAAUAGAAAAGCUGAUUCACCUGGCAGAGACCUACCCAAUCCACAUGCACAGCCAGCUGGACCAUCUUAGCCUCUAUUACUGCAGGUGUACUCUCCCAGAGAAUCCAAACAAUCACACUCUACAGUUCUGGAAGGACCAUGACAUCGUGGCGACUCAUAUUAACUGGGCUAACCUGACUGUUAGUGAAUGCCAGGAGAUGCAUGGAGAGUUCAUGGGAUCUGCAUGUGGCCACCAUGGACCCUACACUCCUGAUGUGCUCUUUUGGUCCUGCAUUCUCUUUUUCACCACCUUCAUCCUCUCAAGCACCUUAAAGACAUUCAAGACGAGCCGCUAUUUCCCAACCAGAGUACGCUCCAUGGUGAGUGACUUUGCCGUUUUCCUCACUAUCUUCACGAUGGUGAUUAUUGAUUUUUUGAUUGGAGUCCCAUCACCAAAGCUUCAAGUUCCUAGUGUGUUCAAGCCAACAAGGGAUGAUCGAGGGUGGAUUAUUAGUCCCAUUGGCCCCAAUCCCUGGUGGACUGUGAUAGCUGCCAUUAUCCCAGCUCUUCUCUGCACAAUCUUAAUAUUCAUGGAUCAGCAGAUCACAGCUGUCAUCAUUAACAGGAAGGAACACAAGCUCAAGAAAGGCUGUGGCUACCACCUGGACCUGCUGAUGGUGGCCAUCAUGCUGGGUGUCUGCUCCAUCAUGGGUCUUCCCUGGUUCGUGGCUGCAACUGUCCUGUCCAUCACACACGUAAAUAGCCUCAAGCUGGAAUCUGAGUGCUCUGCUCCAGGAGAACAGCCCAAGUUCUUGGGUAUCCGAGAGCAGAGAGUGACAGGCCUUAUGAUCUUUGUGCUGAUGGGUUGCUCAGUCUUCAUGACAGCUGUAUUAAAGUUUAUUCCCAUGCCAGUACUCUAUGGAGUUUUCCUCUAUAUGGGAGUCUCUUCACUACAGGGAAUUCAGUUCUUUGACCGUCUAAAGCUCUUUGGGAUGCCUGCAAAACACCAGCCAGACUUUAUCUACCUGCGUCACGUACCACUACGCAAAGUGCACCUCUUCACCCUCAUCCAACUGACCUGCCUUGUCCUGCUCUGGGUCAUCAAGGCCUCUCCAGCUGCUAUUGUCUUUCCAAUGAUGGUUUUGGCCUUAGUCUUUGUCAGGAAAGUCAUGGAUCUCUGUUUCUCUAAGCGAGAGCUGAGCUGGUUAGAUGAUCUCAUGCCUGAAAGCAAAAAGAAGAAGUUGGACGAUGCCAAAAAGAAGGCCAAGGAGGAAGAGGAGGCUGAGAAAAUGUUAGAAAUGGGGGGAGACAAGUUCCCUUUAGAGAGCAGGAAGUUACUAAGUAGUCCUGGAAAGAACAUCAAUUUCAGAUGUGACCCCUCUGAGAUUAAUAUUUCUGAUGAAAUGCCUAAAACCACAGUCUGGAAAGCUCUCAAUAUGAAUUCCGGAAAUACAAAGGAAAAGAGUCUCUUCAACUAAGAGUCUUUGCUGGUAUGGAAGAUUUGGGCCUUGAGUGCCUCAGGGAAGUUCUGUUACCGAGAAGAUGGCGAGUCUCUCAGAGAAGAAGCAAGGCCAGGUAUGGCCCUGUCCUUGGUCAUGUCAGAGCCAUGCUGAAACAUUCAGUUAUUCUUGGUGUGCAUCAGAGGGCAUUCAGCUAUCCCCAUACCAGCAGCCAAUCACCAGGUGUGAACGUGGAAGCAGAAGACCACCUCCUGUUGGUACUUCUCCUUCUCUUCCUCCUCUUUCUCUUUAGAACUACCACCACUGAAGACCCAGCUUCCCAUUUUCCUGACAUUUUCGCUGAAACUCUCUGCUGGCCUGUCAAGCCAUAUGAAUCCAUUCUGCCACUGAGGAUUCCUUUAGUGGGGUCCCUUCCUAAAAGAUGAGGUCAGAGAGUAGGAGGGGAACAGAGAAAAAAGAGGAGGCUCUCCAAUUCUGUUAGCAUCUGCAAACUCCUAGGUAGCACUGGGCCUUGGUUUGAUUGCCUAUCCUGGGGUGAGCUGGUCAGACCCAGAGAUUGUCAGAAGGGUCUGCUACUAGGAGGGUCAGCAAUCUGAGCAUCAGCAGCCUCCACCACUGCAGCUGGGAAGAUGGCUUUGGCCCAGGUUCAUCUUCAGCACUCACUAGCAGCAGCCUGCAUAACUCAGCAAGAACCUUGGAAGAUGAAAGAGCCAAGAGGGACGUUGGAGUUGUUUACCUUAGACAGAAAAAGGCUCGGGAAAAUCAAUAAUGAUAAAUGAGGAUGAGCACCUUCUCUUGGUUUUCAUUGAGGAUGGCGUAAGAGAAUGAGCUUAAAUUGCUAGAGAAGGAAUUAGUUUAGACACCAGGAAGGACUUUCUAGCCUGAAGAUUUGUGAUAGUAUCUGCUUUCUAGAUAUCUGGGACAGGUUUGAUAACAGUUGUUUGUGAGUGGAAAGGGGGGAUGAGGUGUUAUUUUUGCCAUUGUGUGGGAACUUUUGAUGUCUUGCUGCUGUCCAUUAAGGACACAUUCUGAUUCCAUUCCUUGAAAGAUCCAAGUGCUUAUGUAAUGUCUCCUUAGC